CGGAGAGAAGGUAAUGGGCUACCAGUGAAAGAAGUGUCUGGUUCGGUUGGUGAAGGCGAGAUUCAAUAUUGCUCCACGUAAAGUGGUCAAUUCCCGCUGUUAAGUGUUGAAAUUUACCAAUUUUUCAGUGUCCGUAGCAAAAUUGACCGGUCCCGACUAAAUGGGGUGCGGCUAAUAGUGCAGAGAUUGUGAUCUUCGGUGGUAGCAGUGAAUUUUCAUGUUCCUACGGCACCCCGUUUCUGAGUUUGAGUUCUCUCUCUGUUCAAGUGCUCUUUCGUGAAAUUGAAGUCAAAACAGAAAGUAUCUGACUCGGGAUAGGGGUCGCGCCUGAAUAAUUAGUGCUAUUGGCCGCGUGGAAUCAGUGAGCAGUGGCCGGAGAUCUCGGGACAGGAAUUUUGGGGUUUUUUCAUCCAGACUAGAAGAAACGGCGGCGGUGGCGGUAGCAGCAGAAGUUCCUUUCGGAGAAUCUGUCUAUUUGCAGACGACACCGAGUGUGUAUGUGUGGUGUUGUUGCUUGGGCGCACACAAGCCCAACCGCGCAAACGAAGAGAGAGAGAGAGAGCGCUUAAAUUCAACAAGUGUUGCCAGUGUUAAGCCGACGGAGUGAUAAUAAACCGUGAAGAUCUACAAUCCAAGCAAACAAACAGGACAUUCGGUCGAUUGUUCCCACACUGGUCGAAUGAGCUACGGUGCUGUCCAUUGCACCCAGUGCACCACCACUCUACUACACGCGUAGUACGGCGGAACAAGGAGCUUGCUUGACAAAGACCAGCCAGUAAACUGAUCCCUGCGCAAAUAAAUGAAAUAACAAAAACAAAACAACACAGCAACGAAACGAAAACAAACAGCCAGUCAGCCAGCCAGCUAGCCAGCCAGGCCAGAGCUCGAGCGGAAAUGCGGAAUUGUUCGUGAAACUCGCCAGAUCAGUGCCAGCAGUAGCGCAGGAAACAGCAGAACUUGUUGAUGACUGGGAGUAGUUUCGCACGACAACGACGACGACGCCACCGUACAGAGAGUGCGGUAUAUAGUUGCGCACAGACAAGCGUCAGCGUCUGCCGCCCCUGCUUGGCGUGAAUAAAGAAAACGUGCAGCUGGAAAAUAGUUUGCGUGACUAAUCGUGAAGAUUUUCUUUGUCAUCAGCGCGGAUCGGUGUGGUGUGUUUUUUUCCAUCUGAGGUGGAAGGGGCUCCGGAGCGAAGAAAAAAAGAAGAAGCAUCAAACGUGUGUUUGCGUAGGUGGAAGAAUCAGAUUGGUGGAAAAUGGUUUUAAUGUGUUCUGCUGGCGGCGGCAAAGCGCAGUGAGUGUUGUGUUUCGUUCGUAGGCGAUGCUAAUGUGCUAUUGAAUGUGCAAUAUAGUAGUCAGUAUAAUAUAUUGUUUAGUGUCACAGGCAGCAUCGAGGCAGUGUGAUAGAAGGUAGCUUUUGUAGGUGAUCGGUUCCAAAGUUAAGCUUUCGACAGAAGAGUUCAAUGGUGCCGGGUUGUGUGUGAGCGGAAAGCGAAAAAAUUGUAUAAAUUAUAUCAACCAAUUGUAUAUUAUUCGGCAACUAAGUGCAUAAAGUAUAUACAUACAUACGCAGCGGAGAAUCAGUAGCGUUGGGCUAACGCUGUUUGAAAGAUUUGAUAGAUUGCCGGGGUGGGCUAGAGCUCAUUCCGGAAGGCGGCCUUACAUAGUUGCAAUUAAUUAUAUUGAACGCGCGGGUUAAUGUGUUUAUCGGGGGCAUGAUAGUCCCCCCUCAUCUGGCCGCAACACUCAACAACAGUGGUGGGGGGUCCGGUGGUAACAAUAACAGUACUGGUAACAGCAGCAGUAGCAGCAACAACAGUGGUUUGGUUGCGACAGGGGCAGGAGGAGCCGUAGGUUUGGGAAGCCACCUUGGAGUUGGAGUGGUUGGUGGGACCACAUCAGCAGCCCUAUCGUCGCUAGUGGUUAGCGGUAGCCAGGAUAGUUUGAGUGGUUUCGUACUCGCCGGGGGUGGAGGAAGUGGAGGAGGGAACGGUAACGGCAGUAGCAGCAGCGGUAGCGGCUCUAGCCGCACCGGUUCCAGCAACGGCAGCGGCAACCGUAUCCUCGCCGUCAAUCGCAAUAUUGACGAUUUACUGUUUGGCAGUGAUUUGGACUCAUUAAUCCAUGACAAUAUCAUAAAUGGAUUCAAAUCGUUGAAAGUGGCGAACGUGCACUCGCAGGAUAACUUGGAUUAUCAUCAUCUUCAUCAGCAUCAACAGCUGCAACAGCAGCAACCUCAUCAUCGCCCAUUCUAUCACCAUUAUCACUCUCAUCAGCUGAACUCACUGCCACCAGUUCAGCAGCAGCAGCAUUCGAAUCAACCAACAUCGUUACAAUAUCAACCUCAUCACCAUUACCUGCAGCAACAGCAGCAACAAGUGAAUCACUGGAUUGAAUCGGAUAUCAUAGCAAGUAGCAAGAUGCUGACGGACAAGGCGAAACAGAAAUUAGCAGCACAAUAUGCAUCCGGAAAUGUUCCUGACUCAACGCGACAAAGGCACCAUGCGCCGCUUUACGGAAGACUGGUUACAGAAGAACACUUACCUGCCGUACAUCGUGAUAUACAUCAGCGUACGAUUAGUCCCACAUCAUCGACAGACAUUCGGGCGAUGCAAGCCCGAAUACCAUCGCAUUUUCGAGAUCCAGCGACGGCACCACUGCGGAAGCUGAGCGUGGAUCUAAUCAAAACCUACAAACACAUCAAUGAGGUUUACUAUGCCAAAAAGAAACGGAGAGCUCAACAGACCCAGGGUGAGGAUACGUCACAUAAAAAAGAGCGGAAGCUGUACAACGACGGUUAUGAUGACGAGAAUCAUGACUACAUCAUAAAAAAUGGAGAGAAGUUUCUCGAUCGCUACGAAAUUGAUUCUCUCAUCGGCAAGGGUAGCUUUGGCCAGGUAGUGAAAGCGUACGACCACGAGGAGGAAUGUCAGGUGGCGAUCAAAAUUAUCAAAAACAAAAGACCCUUCCUAAGCCAAGCACAAAUCGAGGUGAACCUGCUGGAAAUGAUGAACCGGGCGGACGCGGAAAACAAGUACUACAUUGUUAAGCUGAAACGACAUUUCAUGUGGCGGAACCAUCUGUGUUUAGUAUUCGAGCUGUUAUCCUAUAAUUUAUACGACUUACUGCGCAAUACGAAUUUCCGCGGAGUUUCGCUGAACCUGACGCGAAAGUUUGCUCAGCAGUUAUGUACGGCGUUGUUAUUUUUAAGUUCACAAGAAUUAAAUAUCAUACACUGUGAUUUAAAACCAGAAAAUAUAUUACUAUGUAACCCUAAACGGUCAGCAAUUAAGAUAGUAGAUUUUGGUAGUUCAUGUCAACUAGGGCAAAGGAUAUAUCAGUACAUACAAUCACGCUUCUACCGCUCGCCCGAGGUACUGCUAGGGAUACCGUACGACUUAGCAAUAGAUAUGUGGUCGCUCGGCUGCAUACUGGUGGAGAUGCAUACCGGCGAGCCGCUGUUCUCCGGCUCGAACGAGGCAGACCAAAUAAACAAGAUCGUCGAGGUGCUCGGGAUGCCACCGAAGCACAUCCUCGAUCAGGCGCACAAAACUCGCAAAUUCUUCGAGAAGCACCCGGACGGUACAUACGUGCUGCGGAAGACCCAGAAUCAGCGCAAGUACAAGGCAUCCGGUUCGCGGAAGCUGCACGACAUUCUGGGGGUGGAAACGGGCGGACCGGGUGGCCGAAGGCACGGCGAACCGGGCCACAGCGUAUCGGACUACCUGAAAUUCAAGGACCUGAUACUGAGGAUGCUGGACUAUGAUCCGAAGACGCGCUGCACACCGUACUAUGCCUUGCAACACAACUUCUUCAAGCGGACGUCGGACGAGAGCACCAACACGGCAAAUACGAUCAGCUCGCUCAGCACGAGUCCAUCGGUUAGCACACAAGACCCCAGCAGUCACGGUCUACCAUCGUUGCAACACCAACCUCAGUCAGUGCACCAACAGCAACCACUACCAUCACAGCUGCAACAACAACAACAACAACAGCAACAGUCACAACACCAACCACCAAAUCAGUCACAAUCGGCGAGUAUGUUGCUACUGUCACAAGCGGCAGCAGCCGUUGGUCUAGGUGGUACCACCGGAACCGGUGGCACAGUUUCCGCCAUCAACAGCAUCAAUAGCAUCAACAGCAAUAGCACGAACAGUACCAGCAACUCUACCAACCCACUCGCAAUGGAGUGUGAUCCACCGGUGGUGGUGGUUCAACCGCACUCAGUCCUAGCAACAAGCUCCGCCAAUCCGAAUCACUAUCACCGGAAUCGCUAUCUGCAGCAGCAGCAACAGCAGCACCAAUUGCUUGGUCACAAAAGUUACGCCCCUGCUUCACUGCCAAUCGAUUUGGGGGGCAUUACGCAUGGUGGUCAGGCGAUUGAUCCGUCUGCGGCGGCAGCUGCUCUAAUGUCGGGUAGCUUUACCAGCCACCCGACAGGUGGCACCAGCAGCAGCAGUAGUAGCGGUGGUGGUAAUGGAAGCAGUAGGAGUUUACUAUCGCACAACGCGAACUAUGCACCGUUUUCGAUGAACGAUGCAGCCCUCCUAAUGGGCCACACCGGUGGCUCAGGCUUCAUGGGGCUCGUGCCUGUUGUUGGAGUGGGACCGAUUUGUAACAGUACCAGUAACAGUGUGAUUUCCGGUCCAAAUUCACUCAUGGUUGGCGCGGGUAGCGCCAUCGGCAGUGGCGCAGGUGGUGGUAGCGGCGGCAGCAGCAGUAGUAGUAGCGCUAGCUCUAAGGGCCUUGGGCGGGCGGCGGUGGCAGUAGCUGCGGCGGCUGCUGCCGCAGCAUCAAACGAGCGGGACGAAUCACCGAUGGUUGGAGUAUGUGUUCAGCCCAGUCCAGUCAUAAUCCACUGACAAUAGUGGCCCGGAGGGGAUGCUACGGGUUGAUGGGAAACCCACGGGAUGGGGUCGGUGCAGUUAGUGCGCGAAUAGAGUGACGAGGGACGGGGGACGAGUGAAAACGUGAGCGUAUCGGGUUGGCGAAUAAUUCGGAAGUCGAGAGCUGACGACUUUGGCUUUACUAUUAUUAUACUAUUGUAGAAAAUCUCUACUUCGACGCUUUGUGGUGUCCGAUUUGAGGGAAGCGGAAAAAAAUGCAAACUUACGUUUGUGUGGUUUGUACAUAGGGAAAUUUUUCAGACCGUUAGUCAAAGUGUUUUUUCGGCAGAAAAAUUGCCUGUACAGUUUUGAAGUAGCUCUACUCAACAAAGUAAUAUAUAAAGAUAUGUAGCUUAAAAAUAUUCAGUAUCAGCAACAGACGUGCAUUACUAAAGAGUAAUAAAAAAACUUGUGGUAUUUUGAAUCGAACGACUUCUCAAAAUAAAAAGCAAACAAUUAAGUAUUUUGAUUCCUGGUGAGGGUACACCUGAAACGCCAGUGGGAGGCAGUAGCAUGAUAAUAGACAGCGGCCGAAUACAGGGCCAUAGAAUAGAGCGAAUCUGUUACUGCCUGCUAGUGAACUCGUCGAUUCGGACGCAAAGCAGAAUUUCUGAAUCCGCUGAAGAAAUACUUCCAAAUUGUGGUCGUGUUCUUCUUGUGUCUAAUCGAUAGCGUCCUCGCGAUAACCAGAAGUGCCCCUACGUUGCUGAGAAGACAUAGCGCAAGCUUUACUUCAGGUGGAAUCUUCUCGUUGAAUGACGUUCGCGUACUGACAACAUCAAAAACUUUUAUUACGGACUGUCACCGUAACGUCAGGAUGAAUAGAAUGCGUUUUCCAUGUUCCCAUUCACGCGUUCCGUACAUCAACACGUUCCGUAUCGUUGAUGUUGUAUGUGAAUGUCUCCAUUCAACUGCAUGUAACUAAUUUUGACGUGCUGUACCGGUAACGAAAACCCCACGUUUCUUGUAAAUCGUACUCCAACACUAAUUAUGAAAGUCAAAGGCACGAAUUUUCUUCUGCCAAUAGAUAGGCCAGUAGACUCUCGAACGAUGCGCAGCAAUUCUGCCCAAGUUGCACUAUGACCAGUAGAAGAUAAAAGUUUGUCCACGGAUCGCGUCUUGUUGCCAUAGCUUGCUGUUGCGUGCUCAGAUCCUAUUGCUUGGCGGUGAUACAUUAGCUGCGUUGUCUGUCGCAUCUUGGGGGUAAUUCGGUCCGCCUUCUCUCGCGUUUUCGUUCACGUCUGUGUCAACGGUAUUGCAUUCGUGUUGCUCAUGUUUGCUGUUGGAUGUUCUUAUUCGUUUCUUGUGUUGUUGUAAAUCCGUCUUCAAAGGCAUUUUAUUAUUUAUUGGGGGUUUUGGUUUAGAAAUUUUUGGUGUAAUUAUUGUUAGUUCGCUGUUAAACCAACAGUGGUACUGGACCCGAUCAUUGUUGAGUGAGUGUUUCGUUUUAGUUUUUCUCAGAUCUACGGCCAUACCGACAUUUAAUUGGUUAUGGGCCCAGGAGGGUUUAAUACUUUGUCAAAAAACCGUUGUAAAGAAUUACUAAGCCAUCAGCAGUUUUUUCUUCGGUAUAAUUGGUUUUACUGGAAUCCACCACGAAGAUUGAAAAGUUCGGGAUUGAGUGGCUCAGUAAUGAGAAUUAUGAAACCUGCAGUUUUCAAGUUAGGAAUCUGCUGAUGCGGGAUGAAUUGUGGACGUAUACAGCUUAUCCACAACACCAGACCAGACACCAAAACACAAGGCACAAUAUCGUUGUUCAUUGGCAUCACACAACAGACACUAAUCCGAAACUGCACAACAGCGAAGCACUUAGAGACCACCACCAGAAACGUCGCUAACAUAGAAAAUUUCCAUUUAAAAGUGGAUUUGCAACACAACCUACAACGAUGUAGAGGACAUGGAGCAACACCUACACUAGAUGGGAGACCUGUUUCAGAGACUGGAGAAUUUCAGUCUUGAAUUAAGGACUACCCCGGACAGUGGUGUUAGUUCUGCGAAUCCUUCCAUCGUUAUAUGAAGCACUCAUAACAGCUUUGGAGAGUCGGCCGGAAGACGAUCUCACGAUGGAAAUAAUCAAGUAAAAAUUGCUGCGCGGUUUGGCUUAACGCAGGCCAUGUGCAAAUGGCCAACAGGCGUUCUGGGUGAAACUCAACCGUUAUCCGGCCGAUCAAUGAGCAUAAGUCCAAGAAGAUGCUUUGAUUCCAUUGUUUGGAGGGUAUUACUCCGUAGUUCACCAUUUCAUACACUCCACAGCAGAAUAGCAUGGCUGAACCAAAAAAGUCGAAGUAUUGUGGAAUGACUGGAUGUAUGCUGCUGGAAAAUUGUUGUUGACCUUAAGCGGUUAACACAGCUGUAUAUCUGCAGAAUCAUGGAAAACCUUUGAACCGUGGUAUGAUACAAAGCCGAAUCUCAUUCUGCAUGUUUCCGGUUCGGUUGCAUCUUUCGACGCAAAAGAGAACGAAACUGGAAUAUUCAGAUCAUUACAAAGCAUACCGCUUUAACAGUAUAGCGAUAAGGUUGUUUUAUCAGAGAGGCACGGUUCAUAGCGAACGAGAAGGCUGAUACAUACCAUUCGAAACCGAUAGAGAUAAUCCAGUUUAAGUCCAGCGUCACUCGCGAAACGGUACCGGUUCCGCAAUACGGUGAGGUGGUCAAAGAUUUUGAAUCGGAGUACGAGUCGUGAGAAGACCAACUGAACGAGAAGAAGCGGGUGGUUGAAAGUUUUAAAACACCUGUUCGUCGUUCCGAACGCAGCAUAAAAUUGACGAGUUCUUGAGCUUCACAGAUGCGAUGAAUCGGUUAACGGUCCGGAAGGUGACUUGUGGAAGGCUGCUAUUGAGGAGAUGCACAGUUCCUGCUGAAUCACGACUCGUGCGAAUUACGGAAGCUUUCAUCAGGGCGAAAGGCAAUAGGUUUUCAAACGUGAAAAACAUGGGCGAGCCAACGUUGUCUGCUACAAGGCCCAACUAGUGGCUCAAAGUAUCACGUAGAAGUACGAUACCGAUUAUGAUGAAGUGUUUGCGCACGUGUGCAUCUGUCGGUGGCCCACCGAAGACAAAUGCUGAUCAAACACGGUUCCAAUGUACUCGAUAUGGAUGUCGUAUGCCAUUUACAGAUGAGCUUAUGCGGGCUUAGGCAAGCAUCCCGUGUGUGUAGCCAAACGACCGAUUGUGUACUUAAAGAUGGGAUGUCAGCAUUGCUAGAAUGAUUCCUGUCUGUACAUUUGACAAAAAGGGAAGAAAUGCAUCUACUUGAUUGCUAACCUUGAGUAUUUAGUCGUAACCUGCCAAGGUUACGUCAAUGGGUGGUAUCAAGCAUUUUCCGGGUAUCCAGAUCAGUUCUGGAGUCUCACUCAAUCGACAAGCUUAUGUGGGGUAGUUAUUGGAUCGUUUUAGCAUGAGAGAUGCGAAACCAUUCAAAAUCCGGCUGAGUCCCAGCCACAUAUAAAUAAAGGAUGAGAACAGUGGCAAACUACCCCAGUAUACAAGUUUGGUUGGUGGUUCAUUGUAAGUUGCUGUGAAAACGCGUCCGGAUAUUGCCGCAAGUAUGUCCAUUCUUGGAAGGAAAACAAGUUGUCCAUUACAAGACUUGGUUGAGGCACAACGCAUAUUAUGGUACUUGAAAUAAACUAUAAAUUACGAACUGGCGUUGAGUAUGAUCGACUCGCCGCCCUGUGUUUUCGUAGGCGCCGAUUGGGCUGGUGAUUCGAAUGACCAAAAAUCAACGACGUUUUCUGUUCCGUUUAGCUGGUUGUUCCAGCAGUUGGAGCUCAGAGAUGCAGACAUGCGUCACGUUGAGUAGUACCGAAGCGGAGUACAUAGCGCUCGCCGAGUGCUGUCAAGAAUUCAAGUGGGUCCAAAAGAUUGUUAGCGAUUUUGCUGUUUCGUCUUCUCUUCCGCCUUGAUCGUGUUCGAGGGCAGCCAGCCAGUUGCGUCAAGCAGGCAAGUUCUUUAACAGUUGGCCGCGCUGACGAAGCUGUUCGUCGGGGAAGAGUGUAGAAGAUAUCGACGAGUGAAUAAUCGUUGUAAGCUAUGUUACAAUAGCCACCAAUAAACAAUCAGUUUUCGUUGGUUUAAUAGCCGGCUGUGGUUUAACAUAGGACGACAGCGUACCGGUAUUGGUCGUAACAGAUGGCGCAAGGUUGCAACAAGGUUUUUCGUGGUGUAGCGAAUGAUCACAGAUUUGGUAGGUAGGAGUUUGUCCUGGGUGCGUGACAAAUAUUUGCUGAAUAUAAGUAAUACCUUGGACUGAUUAGCAUUGUGCGGUCAGGUAAGAAGGGAUAGGUUAUGUCGGACGCAUUCUAUCCACACGAACGCCAUUACAAAGGCCACUUCUCCGUAUUUUGACAUAUGUAGUUUGAUUAUGCCAGCAUUAGUACGCAGUGUCAGGUUAUGUAGGUUUACUUUGAUAGUGUCAUUGUUUAUAUAUGCUGAAAUGCUGUAUAAAAUGACAGUACAUUUGACGACAUGUUUCAGGUUAUUCUACGAAGCAAAUAGUUCUGCUUGACUGAUGUUUUUAAACACAUUCAGUACCUCAUGACGUAGAUGGUGGAAUUGCACAACCGCAACUUCUGCUAUGUUGAGCUUCAUGUUCACCUUCACCAAUUGUUCCACUUAGCAAAUCGAAUGUUUUACCGGACAUUUCGAAAAGUAACAGCAACCCCGUUUAACCACAUCGAGGAAUAAACUAGCUUUGAAUUGUCACUCAUUGUUUGUUCACGUUCGUGAAUUAGGUAGAAAGAAUCUAAUUUUGCUGGUGCAAAUAGACAAAACGGCGCACGGGUAAAUUUGAUUGCAUACGCUGCUAUAGCAGCGGAGCUAUUUUUAGCUUCUGAAGUGAGCAAGAUGAGAAACCAUAUUAUGUAAUUACUUUCAUAACAAAUCAAUGCUAAACUUACUCCAACAGCAUUCGAAUGACCUCACAUACAUCCUUUGGUACUCUUUGGCCACUGGGCACUGGACUGGUCAACCAUUACUUUCCAACAUCGAGCCAUCUGUGCAGCGUCCUGAAUCUUUUGCUUUAACUCCAUUGGAUUGAUAUCCUUGUCGACGAAAUCCACCUUUUUGACCUGGUACCACUGUAACACCUUCCGGUUGUAGUAACAGCUUGCCAAAUUUUGUCACAACUUAAUUGGACUUUUGAGAAUCUCAAUGAAAGAUAGGAUAUAUUAUAAUUACACAGCUUCGAAUCAAUAGGUUUGUUGAUGAUGAAAAGGUGGGUUUCUUUUUCGCAGCUACUAAUUCCUUGCCAGAUCAUGUUACUGGACGAAUUUAUCAGCGAAACAAAUCCUGUAAUUUCUGGGACACCAUACUGUGCUGUGUUUCUUGACAUAGAUGGUAUCCUCUGUACUUCGUCAGGACCCGGUCAUGUAUCUUUUGUAAGCAUAUUAUGGCUACAAUAAUUUUUUUUCGGUCGCGUCGAAGCACGGUGUGAACAGUAAUCUGCUUCCAAAGAUCAUCCGUACAGUGCUACACCGUAUUUUUAGCGUCACCUUGAUCCGAAAGUCCCUUGAUCGACCUCAACACCUUCCAGUUCAGCUGCAGAUCCAAAGGUUAGCACUAUGUUUUGAACUUCGCGAGUCCCACUCCUGUGAUCGCGGUGCCAUUUGAGAAUAUCUACCACGGUAGAAACGGCAAUUUUUUCGAGAUAUUUCGAAUCGACCCGGUGUGGAGUUUUCUAUGGGGUGCGCAGAAUCAAUUUUAUCGUUUUCCAUCUAGCAAAACAUUAUUAAUAUUGCCCAUAUCGAGACGAAAGUUUCAUCACUAAAACACGUGUAUUUUCGAAAUAAAUCCUUCCGCAAGAAGCGCUGCUUCAGGAUAAAUAAAGUGUCCGGAUUCUAAGUGGAACCAGAGCUGUAGCGUGGACCUCUGGCGCCCUUGUCAGAAUCUCAAUUUGAUACUUACAUUGGUUUUCAUUUUCUGUUCGAGUUUUGAGCAAUAAUUAAGUGUGUGAUUGGAAAUCCCGACUAACUUUAUCACUUAUCUUUGUUUAUAAAGCAAUCAAAGACUUCAGCGUCCCUUGCAGACGUCCCGUAGUCGGAAUGUGCACUGAAGCAGACAUAUACUUACUAUAUACUUGAUGGGCAACAAUUCGCUUCGUUGAAUCUACGCCGAGUGAAGAAUUCUCCUCCACUGGACCCGGUCCUGGGCCAAUCUCUUCCAGUCACCCUGGACAUUGAGUGCUUUUAGGUCCUCUUCCACUGCAAACAGCCAUCAUGUACGCGGCCUGCCACGGAGUCGUCGGCCUCUUCCCGGUUCUCUAUUGAAUAUUAUCUUUGCCUGUCGUUCUUCCGGCAUUCGUGCCUCAUGACCAGCCCACCGCAGCCUGUCGUUUUUUAUUAGCUUGACAAUAUCCACUCCUUUAUAUAAUUGGUAUAACUCGUGAUUCGUGCGACACCGCCAGAUGCCACUUUCUUCUUUACUGCCGAGUAUUUUCGCAGCAGCUUACGUUCGAAGACACCGAUCGUUCUACGAUCGACUUCCUUUAACGUCCACGUUUCAUGGCCGUACAACGCGAAUUUUGUCUUCGUCUGAAAACUACGGGACUUCAGCUGGCUACGAAGUCCGUAAAAAGCCCUAUUUGCAACUGCAAAACGCCUUUUCACCUCACGGGUAACAUCAUUAUCGCACGUCACUAGAGUUCCAAGGUACACAAAUUCUUCCACUACUUCAAAUUCAUCACCACCUAACACCACUUCACUACCAACAUCACUAUUGGACCCCCGUAUUCUUCCAGCUAUCAUGUACUUCGUCUUGCUGGUGUUGAUUGUGAGACCAAUUCUUGCUGUUUCCCUUUUAAAAGGCACGAAUGCCUCUUUCACGGCUCGGCGGUCGAUUCCAAUGAUAUCACUAUCGUCCGCAAAUCCUAGGAGCAUAUGCAACCGAGUGACGAUGGUACCGCUCCUUUGCACGCCUGCUCUCCUGAUGGCACCUUCAAGAGCAAUGUUGAACAACAAGUUUGACAGCGCAUUAAUCUGCUUCAAUCCGUCUAAGGUUACGAAGGACGUCGAAAUCUCACCGCAACCCGAACACUUGAUUUCGCUCCAUCCAGCGUUACACGAAUCAGCCUAAUCAGUUUCGUCGGAAAACCAUGUUCUACCAUUAUCUGCCAUAACUCGUUUUUUUUCACUGAAUCGUACGCCGCUUUGAAAUCAAUAAACAGAUGGUGUGUCUGCAAGUUGUAUUCCCGGAAUUUAUCUAGGAUCUGUCGCAGGGGAAACAUUGGAUCCGUUGUUGAUCGGCCUUCACGAAAAUCACCUUGGUAUUCGCCGACGAAAGACUACUCCAACGGCUUCAAUCUGUUGAAUAGAAUGCGUGACAUAAUUUUGUACGCCGAAUUGAGGAACGAUAUUCCUCGAUAAUUGGCACACUCCAGUCUGUGUCCCAUUUUGUACAGCCAGUCAGCAGGUAGUUCUUCUUCCCAUACCUUCAAAAGAGUACGGUGCAGUAUUUCGUGCAGCUGCUCACUACCGUGUUUGAAAAGUUCGGCCGGGAGCUCGUCCUUUCCAGCAGCCUUACAGUUUUUCAGCUCUUUGAUUGCCUUUUUCACCUCUUCUAGCGUCGGAGGCUCCACAGCUUGUCCAUCGUCACUUGUCCUUAUUCUGUUCGUUGACGCGCUAACAUUCUCUCCAUUCAACAAUGUAUCGAAGGGCUCUCCCCACCUGGCCGCUACCAUAGUUUUAUCUGGCAGCUAGUUACCGUCACGGUCAUUGCACAUGACGGGAGACGGCGCUGUUUUCUCCGUACGCCAUUGACAGGUUCAUGAAAUUUCUGCAUAUCAUUUCGUUUCAUACUGUUUUGCGCCUCAGUAAUGACGUUCUCUUCAUACUCUUGCUUCCUUGUACCGCUCUCUGUUCUGCCGGGUACCAGACACUAACAUCCGGCUUCUGGCAGCAUUUUUCUCAUCCGUCACUCUCUGGCACUCCUCAUUGAACCAAACGUUUCUGGGUCGUCUCUGAGCAGUACCUAUUACUUCUCGCGCUACUGUGCUCACCGCUCCACAGUGAUCACCUUCCAUACAAAAGUCGGACAAAACCUCAAGAGUGGCCCGAAUUUGAUGAAAACUUCACAUUAGGGUAAUUUUGUAACGCUGAAUUCAUAUUUGAUGUUUAUUUUUUGUUUUUUAAAUCCUCAAAAUUUUGGCACUUAGGGUAGUUCGAAAAUUCAACAUUUACGAAUUUAAAGUGCACUAUUUCCGAAAAUUCGUUUUCAAAAAAUUAGGUUCGGUGAAUUUUUUAGCAGAAUACACAUUUUUUCAAUUGUUGAUAAUGAUAAGAUACAUCUAUAAAUUAUAUUGCGAACCCUGGGUAGUCAAAGGCUAUCAUGCGUCUCCUUCAGACGUAUCAUGAAAAAUCACCUUUUUUCAUACCUCGGGGCAGAAAGGGGCAAAACAAGAUAUUCAUUUUCGAAAAGUACACUAAUUUUCAAAUAUAAUGAACAACAAGCGAUCUUUCCGAACCGUUUCAAAAAAAAGUACAGCCACUUUGAACAUUAUAACUUUAAACUAUUGCUCGAUUUAUUAUUUGUUUUUCAUGUCUGAGCGAGAAGAAAGGCUUGUAUCGACUAAAUCGAAUGGCAGCUAUAAAUCCAGUGAAUAACCUUUCAAAUGAAAUCAGUUUGACCCCAAUCGGAAUCUCAACUAAAAAGAUAUAUUCAUUUGAAUAACUUAGGUUUGAAAAGAGUUUUCCUCAGAAUUCAUCAUCUAUUUCACCUUCGAAGUUCUGUAAAAAAUUGAACUCUCGUCUUAGGGACUUAAUAUUUUUAGAAGACUCUAUUCAACCUGUUAAGAAGCAGAGAAAAAUGUUAAAUCACGAAAAAUCUAAAAUAAAAUUUUGAGGUUUUGUCCGGCUAGGCGACACUGUGCGCUCCGUGGAUUGAAUUCCACAGAUUGUUGAGGUUGGUGUCUACGUUGAUUCCCCUUAUCCGCUCAUCACGCUUCUGGCGGUACUCGUCCGUCAUACCUUCUGCUGAGAAGCACUGGAUAUUGAAACGCAACGGUCGCUGAGUUCUUGAGUUCGCUAACCAUGCUCGAAUCUUACUGACAACGAGAUAGUGAUCAGAGUCGAUGUUUGGUCCUCACAUCUAUAGCAUCCGAGAAGUGUCGGCCGUCUACCAGGACAUGGUCUAUUUGAUUGCAAGUUUCGCCAUUCGGGUGCAUCCAGGCGUGCUUACGGAUGUCUUUGCGUGCAAAGUAAGUGCUGCUGAUGGCCAUCCCUCUAGCUGCAGCGAAGGUCACUAGUCUCAGGCCGUUGUCAUUGGUUACAGAGUGAAGACCCUUCUUACCAAUGAUAGGACGGAAAAAGUUCUGUCUCUACCGAUUUGAGCGUUGGCGUCGAUAACAAUUUUUACGUCAUGCUUUGGGCACUCUCCGUAGGUUUUGUCGAGACACUCGUAAAACACGUAAUUCACCUCAUCGGAUUUAUCGUUUGUCGGUGCAUAGAUGUAUAGAUGCAAAAUUAACACACGGAUCAAUUUUAACCAAAUUUUAACUUCGAAGUAUGUAUGACUUAUAAUGAAACACGAAAACUAAUUUGAGGAAAAUCUUCCAAAUAUGAUGCAGAAAAUCAAAAUUAUCAGUAGUUGGUUCGAGCGAAUUUUUUAAAUAAGUUUACGCUAGGCGCUUAAAGGCAACGGAUGAAACAUUUUUUCGAGAGACUGUGCAUGUAGGGUAGUUCACUGCGCAGAUGAUUCAUUAGAAAAUUCCAGCCGUUUCUAUCAUACAACGAUCCGAAGAAAAUAUUUCAAUAUUUGUUCCAUCACCAACCGUUAAAUUUAUUUCCGCUGGUGGGAGACUAUAUCGGCAUCCGGAUUUCCAAUUAAUUCGACCGAAGCUCGUUCGUAUUUGACUGUCACUCAUUUCAUAUAAAUUUCAGUAGAAAGCUUUGAACUGUAUAUUCGUGAAAUCAGUUGGCACUAGCUGUUUGAAGGCGAUCGAAUUUCGAAAAAACUGACUAAAUGGCGGCUAAAUUAAAAAAAAACACAAUAUUCAAUCGUGAAAGAUAUCUGAAAAGUUCGCCCAGAUGGAUUAAGAAUGGUGAUAUCCUGUCUAAAUCAAGCAAAGGACAUUACUGACGACAAGUAUUUUAUUAAGGACUACCGCGUCUACAUGUCCGUUCACAUAGUUGAGAUCGACGGUGUGGUCACCGAUUCGAGUUGGUCGUUUGUGGGGUGAAAGGGUUGGCUAUUUCAAGGAUCUCUUUCUUCAUUGAAUGAAGAUUUUGAAUGUCAAUCACACAGGGCGGGGCAAAAUUGUAUAUCUCUUUUAAUUCGUAUCUGGUGAUCUGCUUAGCUAAUUGAGACGGCACACUUCUUUGUGUUACAAACAGUCGAACACGUAGACUCUGCAUCGACAAGGUUUGCACUAAAUACAAGCAAAUAGGUCUGUGUAUCAAUGAGGACUGGUGGGGCUAUUGCGCAGAGUAUCAUAGGGGAUGAUAUCCCUUAAAAUGCGCUCCAAUUACUUUCUACAGAAUAUCUAAAGAGAUCUUUGUUACUCACCACGACAAACAUUUAUGCUCUCGUGGCUUAGAAAAAGUGUGACUCUGACGAUCCUUAUGUGGGCACAUCUGUAACUGUCCGCAAAAGCUGUAAGCAGAUGAAAUUUCUUGUGAAAACUAAAAUUUUUCUCUUGAGGGGACGCAAAAUAAAACAGCUCGAGGAAGUGCCGUCACAAAGUCUCAUAAACCAGCUCCAAGUGUUAAAAAUUUAAGAUCAAAAAAGGAGUUUCCAUCGCUUUCAGGAACACAAAAAAUCCCAAGUCGCUCAACAUUUCAACCAGAGAUUCAGCUUAGUGUAAUGGGUUGGGCACUGGAAUAAUGUGAUAUUACGGCGCUCCUCCCGACACUGAAGAAAAUGUGAUUCUCUGUUGUUUUCUUGAUGUCAAUCGCUUUAGUUUUUCUUCACAAUCUUUGCUACAGUCGUUAUUCGCUGGUUAGUCGAGUCAGGUCUGUCAGUUGGUCCAACUAGCGAAUCAAAUUCGUUAGUUGGCCAGACAUUGUGGCCCAACCAGCGAAUCAUGACUGUAUAGCUUUAAGGAGGUAGCCUGCUCUACUGCCCAUGACCACACUUCUGUCCCAUUAGUGUAGCUAUCACUACUAUAAUUUGAAAUCUUUGCAGCUGAAAUUUUUGUGUCAUGCCACUCAAACAGUUUCGUUAUUUAAUCUUCUAUCCACUUUAAAUUUGAGACCAACGAUCUUUAUUGUGAAUAAAUCUGAAUGGGACGAACAAGGCCGUUGUGGACUCUCCUGAUGCCUUUGGAAACUCAGUUUCGCGCCCCUUUUGCAUUUAUAAUGGCUUUGUUUCUCAGUUUCUUAUUUUACUUACUGAUUUUUCGAUUAGUCCUCAUUUAUUUGAUAAAACUAAUCAAGAUUUGUGCGCCCCUUCACGAUUGGCGCCCUUGGCGGGUGCCAACCCGGCCAACCGCACGCUACGGGCCUGAUUGGAACAUAAUUCAAUUAUUUUAUCCUGUUUUAUACUGGCGGUUCAUUUUGAUCUAUUUUGUUCGAUGUAGAACUUCUAAAGCGAUUCUUGCGCCGAAGAAUCUCGGUUUACGUUGGAAUUUUUUAGCCAACCAGUCCAUAGUAAUAGGAUUUAGCUUGUUUUACAAACAACGAUCUGCCCUUCGAUAUUUAUCUUCGGUCGCUCAACUGAAUGUCGUUAGAACCAGGUUACGAGUAAAUAAUUUCGUAUGUGGUGGAACUGGAUAAAGGUGACUUCCUUAAAUCUAAACACCAUUUUCACCUGUAUCACAUCGCGUUCGGAUUAGCGUAUACGAUAAAAUUUAGAAUUUAAACGGAUUUAGCAUGUGCGUCUGAUAUAAUAAGCUGAUACUGUUUCACGCCGAUUCCGGCGCCGAAGAUUGCACAGAUUGUUGAGUUUAUCCUCAAACUGAGUUUGCAUUGUUUCCCUCCCAAACAAGCUGGUGACACCAUUGUUUUUAGUUAUUCUUACUUUUCUAGAUACCAUUGGUUUUUUUUGUAUGGAGAUAGGAGUCAGUUGAUCAGAUUGUAUAAUUCAUCCAAACUUAGCGGAGAAUAAGGCUAAUAUCUACUAAUGAGAAAGUUUGCAACACGCGGGGUGACAGUGUAUAGCUUGAGUAAGCGUUGUGUACAUUUUAAGGCUAGAGAAUGCGUAUGCGUUCAACUAAGGCGUUCCAAUUCGUAAUGGAACGAGCAAGAAUAGUUAUACUAUAAAUGAAGGAAGAAUAUAUAUAUCGACUGAUUUUGAUGAUAAUUUCAAACACGUUUCCUUUCACUGUCAUUCUGUUCGGUAGCUUCGCACGAGCAGCACACGUGGCUGCCAUCCAAAGCAAACCGUGGCAGGUCGAACCUAGUUAAUUUUUUUUGGUCGAUGCAAGCAGGAGAGAGAGAGAGUAACGUAAUUUCACUACCAUUACAAACUAACUGCAUUACACAAAUUACUCGUAGCACUGCUAGUGAAAAUCAACCACACACACUAAACACACAUUGUACAUUUACACACUUUUAUAUAGACAUUGUGCAUUGUAUCACGCGACGAAAAAUCUCUUUAGUAAAACGAAAUCAGUUCCACAUACCAAAAGCGCAACAGGUAACCGGAAAAGCGCAUUGAAGCCGUAGUAAGACACCAACGUAGAAAACACGCCAAAUCACAGCUGUUUCGGGGUAAAACAAAUACGAAAGCAUGUGAAUACUACAAAAGAACAACAAGAAAAACGAUUAUUUAGGGACAAAUCGAGGGGAGGGGGAAAGCGGGGUAAUCCAAAUGGAGCAAUGCUGCAUAAAACACUAGACAAACGAAUGGUAAGACCAACAAUUUAAUUUAUUAAAGUUUUAUUUAAAAAUAAACUAAAAUUGAGGAAGAAGACAAUGAAACUGGACAAUGUUUUCCUGUAUAUAGUAACUGAUAGUGCUAAUAAAUAACUAGUGGAAUGAGAGAAAAAAAGAAACAAUACGUUUAAGCAACGCAAACGUUAAAAAAGAGUAAGGACGAAUGGCGGAGCAGUAUGAAAUUAGAUUAAUAACUAAAGGAAAGAAGUAAAUUAAUUAAAUUAAUAACUAAAAACUAGCGGAUAAGAUAAGUUAAUAAAAGAAAAAACUAAGUAAGGACAAUUGAUAAGUAAUAAAAAAAGAAAAAAAUGCUACCAGCAAACAAAAAAGUAAAUUAGCAGAACAAAAUAUCGCAAAAAGAAAAUCCCUUCAGAAGGUGUACAUCGGCAAUGAAGCAGCUGUUAUGGUUCUCUCUUUGUUUCGAUACUCUGACAGCAUGGACAAAAAUGAGUAAAGAGAACUUAGCAAAUACCAAAAAAGAAAGAAAAAACAUCUCCGGUAUCGUUCUCAGCAAUCCAUUACAAAAAAAACACAUUCACAGCCACACAGUAACAAGUCUGACACGGUACUCUCCUCUCGCGGAGACUAGCCAGUAUUCCGACGGGAGAGGGUUUUAACAAGUGACUGGAUUAGAUAAAUUUGUCAUACCACUACUACUAAAGAAAACAACACAUGGUAUAUAUCCAAACAGUAAAGAACUGAGCUAAAUAAAAACACACUCACACAUACACACACACAUUAGUACAUCUACAUACACACGCCCUAGCGGCUAAUAGUAACAGGAAGGGAGCUGUCCCCUAAUGGAACAAAUAAAAAAGGAAGCAAACUCUAUUCUUUAAUCAUUAAUCGAAUUAAUAAAAAAAAACAAUGAGUAAUGCAACCUAAAAUAAUAUAUUUAUACACCUAAGACACAACCAGAAUGCGAACAGGAUGAACCGAGCGUAGCAAGGGAGCGGAAAAUUCGGAUUGAGAAAUUAGAAAUCAAUGAUAUGGCAAACCAAAAAAAAGACAUUUGUAUGAAAAAGUCGUAAAAAACACAAAAAUAAAUCACAUAAAAUUAGAGAGCAAAAAUUAACAAAGAAAAAAAAGUGGAAACUAUAGACAAAAUGGCAUAUUGUUGAUUUUGAGCUGGUGGCCGCGUGGGGGGAUGAAAUACACGUAAAAGAGUGCUGUAACCGAAAAGUAGCAAUAAGUAGCGUGACGGGAAACAGAUAAGGAAGUAGCGCAAGAAAGAGACUGGAAACGAAAGAACACGAGAGACGAAACCAAUAUGCUGUAGAAUCGAAAUGGCGAGAAAAGUAGUGUGUAGAAUGGACGCUAGAGCGAUAGCUGAAGCGCAAAAAAAAAAUGGAGAAAAAAAAAACCACAAAACUGAAAUGAAUAAAGUGUAUUACAAGUAAAUGAAUGCGAGAAAGUAACAAUUGAAA